AUGCCUGGAGCACUUGCUUCCAAAGAAGACCAUGUCGACGUUCUUAUCGUCGGAGCCGGACCUGCCGGCCUCAUGCUGGCAAACUGGUUGAGUCGAUUCGACGUCAAGACCCGAAUUGUUGAUAAGCGCGGUACCAAACUGCGGAUCUUCAAUGGCCAAGCGGAUGGCUUACAAUGCCGCACCCUCGAGAUCUUCGACUCGUUCGAUUUCGCGCACCGUGCCUGGCGAGAAUCGAACCAUAUGCUUGAGAUUUGCCUCUGGAACCCCGACCAGGAUGGUAUUCUCCGACGAUCGGACCGGAUCCCAGAUACCAUUCCUGGGAUCAGUCGGUUUCAGCAGGUCGUGCUGCACCAGGGUCGCAUUGAGCGGUUCUUCCUCGAUUCGAUAAAAGAGCAUAGCGAUAUUAUAGUUGAGCGCGGCGUGCUACCCACUACUUUCGAAUUUGAUGAGUCCAAAGCAGCAGAAUUUAACGAUUACCCCAUAUCUGUCACUCUGCGCAUUCUAUCCGAGGAAGAGGCGACGCCCGCUCAGCGACAACAACAUCACAAAACGGCCGACGGCACUCAAUCGGUCAUCAAUGACGGUCUCUUCCGCUGCAAUCUAGCGGCAGACGAUACGGAUGAUCUCAUCCGCGUUGCAAGAAAAAAUGACAACGCCAACUCCGUCGAGACAGUCAAGGCCAAAUUCAUGGUUGGCUGCGACGGCGCCCACUCAUGGGUGCGACGUCAGCUCGGCUUCAAGUUAGAGGGCGACUCCACCGACUACAUCUGGGGCGUACUGGACAUUGUCCCCAUCACGGACUUUCCCGAUAUCCGCCAGCGGUGUGCCAUUCACUCCGCCGACGCCGGUAGCGUCAUGGUGAUCCCACGGGAAAAUAAACUCGUCCGGCUGUACAUUCAGCUGCAGGCGACGGAGCACGCGCAGACUGGAGGUAAAGCGGAUCGGUCGUGGAUUACCCCGGAUAUUAUUUUGCGGUCCGCGCAGCGCAUUCUGCACCCGUAUAAGUUGAACUAUUCGUACUGUGACUGGUGGACUGCGUAUCAGAUUGGGCAGCGUGUGGGAAACCAGUUUUCGCUAAUGGAGCGUGUCUUCCUCGCUGGUGAUGCGGUUCAUACGCAUUCGCCUAAAGCGGGGCAGGGCAUGAAUGUGAGCAUGCAGGAUACGUACAACCUUGGAUGGAAAAUCGCUCAUGUGGUUAAAGGGUACAGCGAGGGAUCAAUUUUGAAGACAUAUCAAUCGGAGAGAAGGCGCAUUGCACAGGAUCUAAUUGCUUUCGACCAUUGGUUUUCCAGGCUGUUCUCUGGUCGUCCAGCCAGGGACGUGAUGGACGAAGAGGGUGUCAGCAUGGAAGAGUUCAAGAACGCGUUUGAGAAAGGAAAUGAGUUCGCUAGCGGCAUUGCGGUCAAUUAUGGAACCAGUGUCAUCGUUGCGAAAGAAGGUAGCUCUGUUGAACAAGGCGAUGGGACUGAUGUCGCCGGCAGUCCCUCGCAUCGAGUCAUCAGCAAGCCGCAGCUGGCAUCAAAGAUUGACAUUGGGAAACGUAUGCCGAGUUUCAAGGUCCUCAAUCAAUCCGACGCCCGUCCAUGGCAUCUGCAGGAGCUCCUGAAAAGCAACGGGCGAUGGCGGGUAAUCGUGUUCUCUGGCCAGCUUACAACAUCCCGAAACAUGCAGCGCAUGCAAAAGCUCGGUGCGAAGCUAGGAAGCCCGAACUCAUUCAUUCGUCAAUACACACCGUACGGUCAGGCAAUUGACAGCCUUAUUGAAGUUCUGACAAUCCAUGCCGGACCGCGGGCGAGCCUAGAACUUCUAGAUCUGCCGGAGGCUUUCCACCCCUAUGACGAGCAGAUGGGUUGGGAUUAUUGGAAGGUCUUUGUAGAUGAUCAGUCAUACCACGAGGGGCAUGGUCAAGCCUAUGUUAAUUACGGUAUUGACCCUAGUCAUGGAGCUGCUGUCAUUGUCCGACCGGAUCAAUACGUGAGCUGGGUUGGGGAGGUUGAUGAUUACGAUGAUAUGGCUAGGUUCUUCUCCGGAUCCAUGAAGCCACAAAAUACUUUGAAACCUGAGACUCUAGCUAACUAA